AUGAAUCCCCUCAGCUACACGGAUGAGCGCCUCGACAAAACCCUGAGGCAGCUGAAGCCGCUUUUUAUGAAAGCCUUUUCUGCGCACGAUGACUCUGAUGUGGAGUGGAUUUUAUUUGCCUUUGCUCCCGGACGUGUCAACUUUAUUGGCGAGCACGUCGACUACAUGGGCGGGUACGUCUGCCCUGCGGCGGUGGGGGACGGCUGCCACAUCCUUGUGGGCCGCGUGAAGCACAUCACUGAUCACAAGCUACGCUUUUCUACGACUCGCGAUGAGUAUUUUGAACUUGGCCACCUCGGCGAAAAGGACCACAAUAAGGCGUGGACGACCUUCAUCCGUGGCGCAACUUCGAUUCGGCUUUCGCACCACGGCGUGAAGCUUGGGGCUGAGCCUCUGAAGGGCAUCUGCAUGAUGAUCCUCGGAACGCUUGAGAUGGGGGCUGGUAUGAGUGCAUCCGCCUCGUUUGGUAUCGCGCUGCUUAACGCGCUCAGCACGACGAUUACCGGUCGCUACAAGAACCCUCAGCUAACGCCGGGUCGUCGGUACGCCAUCCUCCCACGCGAGUCGCACGACGAAAUGAUUGACCUUGUGAAGCAAGGCCGUCGCAUUGAAACCGAGUUCUGCGGCGUGCAGGUUGGUAUCAUGGACCAGUUUGCCUCCGCCUUCUCCGUCUCGAAUAAGUUUAUGGUGCUUGACUGUACGGCGCUGACACACAAGCUCUGCGACAUCACACCAGUGACGGGUGAUGAUGCCUGCUUCCUCCUCAUCGACUCAAUGAUCAAGCACGACCUGCUUGGGGCAACGUCUGGAACGUACAACACAGUGCGGAGCGACCAGGAACAGGCGCAGGAGAAGAUCUCGAAGCAAAUCCUGGGUGGAAAGCCGUUCACCUUUACCGAACUUGUGCGUGAUCCACACAAGUACACCACUACUGGCGACGCUGUCCACUUCAUUAAGUCCUGUCAGAAGCAACUCACCCGUGGCGAGUUUGAGCGCGGAUACUACAACGUCACCGAGCAGAUCCGCACGCGUGACUUCAUCGCUCUCACAGAUGCGAGCACCGGCCUGACACACGAGGAGCGGUUCAGGGAGGCAGGUCGUAUCCUCAACGAGGCACACGAGGGUAUGAGGACGCUCAUGAAAAUUACGACGGCAGAGCUGGACUUUAUUCACGAGACCAUCAACCAAGAACCCGGAGUUGCGGGUGGACGCAUGAUGGGUGGCGGAUUUGGUGGCUGCAUUAUCCUGCUGCUCAAGAAAAACGUCGUGGACAGUGUCGUGUGCCGCGUGCGUGAAAAGUUUAAGGCACGUUUUGGCGUGGAAAACAAAGUCUACCCCGUGGUGAUGGGGGACGGCGCAUUCGUGGUGUCUUUGGCGAACAAAUCUGGGCCCGAUAGCAACCUGUAG